GCUUGCGCCGAACCGUGCCCUGAGCGCGCGCGGCGUGCUGCGCCGGGGCCGGGGCCGGGGCCGGGGCCUGCGCUGGGCCGGGCCUGAAAUGGGCAUGCAACGUGCUGCAGCAUGGGCUGGCCACUAAAUAUCCCUGUCCUGCUGCACAGUGUGGUUCAGGAGCAAACCUCGAACGAUGCAAAACAUCCUUAACCCAACUCCAGAGAUGCAGAAUUGAACACGCUUUCAAAAGCCGGGCAGGUGAGGCGGUGUUACGGCCCAACGCUGGUUGUGCAAGAUGUUGCCAAGUGCUGGUGUCUAUUACUUCCCGUGGGAGAUCAACGGCUCGGUCCCAGAGGGGGAGGCCCUGAGGACGUUUGGCAGGUUAUGCUGCUACGACCUGGCCCGCUCCGAAGCCGUUCUCACUGCUCAGCACCGAGCAGCCCAGCACCGGGUCUGCGUCGACACCAGCUUUGUGGAGCCCUUCGAGGCCCAGCUGGGCUCCCUCUACAUGGUGCUGGGAGAGGCCGAACACAGGGAAGGUGAAGGCCCCGUGGUGAAGGCCCGAAUAUUGACCUGCGUGGAAGGGAUGAAUCUGCCUUUGCUGGAACAAGCUAUUGAGGAGCAGAGGAAAUACUUCCGCGAGAGGCAGCAGCAGAUGGGAAGCAGCACGUCCUGACGGCACCUCCGAGAGCCGCCGCGCGCUGCUCCUUGCAGCAGCCAUCCCUUUGGCCGGGAAGGCAUCAGCGCGCCAGCCUUUUCCAGUAGCACUGACGCUUGCAAUAAAUCUUUUUGAAGUAUA